CCCGUUUAUAGUUGUCCUUUUUUGGUCGUUCUCCUUCUUUUCAUUUUUCAUUUCGACCCUCUCCAAAGUUAGGGCUUGGGAUCUCUGAGUUUCUGUCAGUUGGAUGUCCCGGUUUCGUAAUGGAGUCCUUGCAACGGGCUUAUUAGCCUUUGCAGCUGCUGGCUUAUCUUUCCCCUUCUUCAUGGCGACGUCGUCAAAAAAUAAACCUGUAAUAGAUUCUUCAAAGCCUCUUCCCCCACAAGCAACUUUUCGCGGUCCAUACAUAAACACUGGAUCUCGUGACAUAGGCCCAGACUCUACCACCUAUCCUAAGAGGUGAUCUUUUAUUUUAUUUUAUUUUGAAAUUAUUUGUAUUCGAGAUGUUGUGAAUUCCUAUCCAAGAUAGGAUAAUCCAUAUGUAAUGGUUUAAUGUCAUAAUUUGUUCGUACUGCAAAAGUAAGAGUAGAUAGAUUACCAUGCUUGGUAGGUGGUUAUUCUUAAUGAUCUUGGUUGAUGCCU